AUGAUUGUUUGUUCAACCUUGGCGAUAGGGUUUGGUUGUGUGAACCGGCCUCACCCAAAGGCUGAGCUUCAUGAGGCUUGGAAAAGACCGGGCGCAGUGGAGCAAGUUACCGAUGUAACCUGUUGCCUUGUUCACUCAGACAUGAUAUCCGACGGCUUUAUGAUAGAGCUUCCGUUAGAGGAGGGCUGUGCAAUGUUAAUCACCAUUGCUUGUCUGUUUUCAGAAGCAGUGGCGUUAAUGAGGCUAGAACGUAACGAUACCUUUGAUUGUCUUCUACAGGAUACUUAUAGCCCCCCAAUAACUGGUACAUUAUCCAUUCUUAUGUGCACCUCACACCUUUCCACCACUCCCCAUGUCUUUGUUCCUCGACAACAAACGGAACUACCAUAUCUUUGUGCAACAAAAGCACCCAAUGAGGAGCUUUCGUUAAGCAACCGAGUUUAUUUUAACCCUUUGGAUUUCCAUGACCGGUGGAGUUGCAUUUCAGUUCAUGCUGGCGGGAGUAUGUAUGUUUUCCGAGCGGCCGCACACGAGAGUGUUCCAGCGGGAAAGGUGGCUUUUGGACUUGUUCAGCGGAAAUGGGGUAACAUCUCGGUGGAUGAGCCGCUCGAUGUGAGACCAUAUUCGUUCAACCUGGCACGCGAGUGCUUGGGUUCCGCAUUGUUGGCGGUGGAUUUCAACAACAAGAAAACUCCCGCAGGAGAUCCUCUUGAUGCUGAUCUCAUGGCUCGCGAGUUCUCGAUGCAAUUUGCUGACACUCCUCUCACUGUUGGUCAACCGAUUCUGUUCAAAUUCAACAAAAAACUACUUCUGGUGGAAGUGAUGAAGUUGUCCACCAUUUCAAUGGAUCGCGGAGAACAUGCGAAUAGCAAGAUUGGCAUGCUCACCGGAAACACCGUACUGACAUGGGAGCGACAGGCUGACUCCAAGGUGUUACUCAUCGGUAAAGCAGCAUCCUCAGGUACGACGGGAAGCGGAGGCUACCAGAGCAUCAUCAAUCCCAACUGGGACUUCAAUCAGAUGGGCAUCGGUGGUCUGGACAAAGAAUUUGCAGCUAUAUUUCGACGUACCUUUGCGUCCAGGAUGUUUCCACCUGCAGUUGGCAAACAGCUAGGUUUGAAGCAUGUCCGUGGAAUGUUACUGUAUGGUCCCCCUGGAACUGGCAAGACCCUUAUGGCUCGUCAGAUCGGGAAAAUGCUGAAUGCUCGUGAGCCGAAAAUUGUGAAUGGUCCAAGCAUUUUGGACAAGUAUGUCGGUGAAUCGGAGGCCAAUAUUCGGAAGUUGUUUGCUGAUGCCGAGGAAGAAGAGAAACGAAUGGGUCCACACUCCGCUUUGCACAUCAUCAUCUUCGAUGAAAUUGAUGCUAUCUGCAAAACCCGUGGCUCCACAACCGGAGGUGCAGGCGUCCAUGACACAGUGGUCAACCAGCUGCUCACCAAAAUGGACGGCGUUGAGCAGCUGAAUAAUAUUCUAGUGAUCGGAAUGACCAACCGCUUGGAUAUGAUCGACGAGGCACUCUUGCGGCCGGGCCGAUUCGAGAUGCAAAUGGAAAUUUCCCUGCCAGAUGAAGAAGGUCGACUACAAAUCUUACAGAUUCACACGGCAAAAAUGCGUCAGUCUGGUAAGGUUGCCAAAGACGUCAGUUUGGAAGAAUUGGCGGCAAAAACAAAAAACUUUAGCGGAGCCGAAAUCGAGGGUCUUUGUCGGGCGGCUGCCUUCACUGCAAUGUACCAGCUGAUCAGUCCUUCCGGAAAAACGCAACUGGAUCCAGAUGCUUUUGACCGGCUGGUCGUGAAACGUGCCGAUUUCCUAUACGCGCUUGAGAACGACAUCAAGCCGGCUUUUGGCACUGCUGAAGAAGAGCUGAGCUGCUACGCACCGCGUGGUAUUAUGACUUGGGGUGAAUGUGUCUCUGAGGCGUUGAAUAUGGGUCGUCUGGCUGUUCGUGCUGUGGGUGAGGCAGAUGUUGAAACCUAUCGCCCUCUAACUCUGCUUUUGGAAGGCCCACCUAAGGCUGGAAAGACGGCUCUGGCAGUAGAAAUUGCUAAGCGUUCCGGGUUUCCGUUCAUCAAAAUCGUCACUUCUCACAAGAUGAUCGGCUACACCGAAAUGGCUAAGUGCGCAACAAUGAAGAAGAUUUUCGAUGAUGGAGCCAAGUCACCCCUCAGUGUCGUGAUUGUGGACAACAUCGAGGGACUGAUUGAAUACAACCCAGUUGGACCCAGGUUCUCUAACUUUAUCGUACAAGCAAUACGAGAUCUGGUGUCACAGCCACUGAAAGCCGGACGAAGAAUGCUCGUACUAGCCACAACCAGCUGUCGCGCCGAACUAGCCGAGCAGAAUUUGACCCAAGCCUUUUCGUGGCACAUUCACGUGAAUGCCAUGUCUAAACCAGAACACAUUAUGUCCGCUCUAGAAGAAGAUGAUCGCUUUACGUCGUCUGAGAGACAAAAGAUCGAAAGGUCAAUUUCCGGAAGUCGGUUCUGCAUCGGUAUCAAGCACUUGAUAGAACUUGUGGACUUGGUUUCUAAGACGGACGCCGCCUACCGAGUCCCUACCUUUCUGGCCAAGUUGGAGGAAGAGGGGACGCCAUCGCAAGCUUAGCGAUAUGGUCUUCAGCAUUUCCGGAAUCUCGCUUGUGAUACAUGAAAUUGCGUUGUGAUACCCACUGCAUAUUUACGGGUGCUCACGUAGCACCUUUCCCAAGCAAUUGUUUUUUCUCUUAUUUAACUGAUAUUCCUUCUAGACCUCUUCUCUUCUGUCCACAUGUUUACCAGUUCAGUACAAGGACAUCGCAAUUUUCCUCACGAUCGAUAAUAACCUGACCACACACACACACACCAUCACCUCAGUUGUUAUUUGCUGUCAUUUUUCGGUCUGCUAAACCGAAUAACUACUUUUUCGAGCCUGGCUCUGGCCAGCUCCCUGUUUUCCUGCAUCAAUCAAAUUUUCCUUUGAAAACUACCCGAAGGUUGUUUCUAUUAUCUGCCAAUUUUUUUAUGUAUCGCACCACAGUCUAUCAUUCCAGUUUCAUCCGAAUUAUACUGAGAUGCCGUCCG